UCAGUUCCGGCUCAGGCACUCCCUUUACUUGAUGUCGCAUAUUUAGACGGUUUUUCUCUUACCACGAAUACAAGAAGAGGACUUCCUUCUUUUGGUCAGCUGUACAAUCGCUACUCUUUUGUUAUCAAUUCGUUCAUCGCUGCUAAGAAUUUUGGACGUGACCACGACCGUUUAGCGGAUCUUGCUGCCUUUUGUGGUCAUAUUUCUGCGCAAAUACCGGCGCUCGCGGAUGAAUGGGUCGCAGCAAUUAAGGCGUUAUGUUGUUCAAGUGGAAGCCAGUAUACGGGUUAUGGUGAGCUGCUGGCUCACAUUGAUGUAAGGUUUUUUUUAAAAUUCUAG